CAAUACUUAACUGUCAGUGGUCACCCAUCAUCUCCCUAAACAAUAAUUCCAUGAAGCACCUUUAAUCACAAAGUAUCACAGUUUGGUACUCCGAACGACAGCCCUCUCAUGGAACUGCCUUUAAAGAACAGCAUCUGAAAACUCCGGCAGAACUGGUAGGCCAUGCUGCAGCAUAUGAUUAUGGACCUCACGUUUCGGGCGAUGAAAAAGAAGCGGUGCCCACCAUAGCUUAUUGUCGUAGAUAGUUGGUGCCUGCCGUAGGAGAGUAGGGAAGAGUCGGGUAAUUGUUCAAUCUCCGGACCGUGCCACUAACCAGGGUCACCUUCCGCCAUCCAUAAUCGCCUGGUUUUUCACUCAUCUGCUCUGUGUAUCUUCACAAAAGAGCAGAUGGACCCGACUUUCGUCCUUCCGCUAGAAAUCAUCCACAAGAUCUUCCAUCAUUAUCUCAAAGACUGCAAAUAUCCCGUGCAAUCACUCGAUUUCUCCGAUGGGCCUUGGGUCCUAGAGAAAGUCAGCAGCGCUUGGAGGAACGCCGCUUUGAUAUCACAGUCGCUUUGGUCGAGCAUAAACAUCAUCAUAAUAGAACCGGAAGAUCCCUUGCACAACGCCGACUUGGAAUCCACCCGACUCGGCAGCGGUAUGCCUCGGUCUGAUGGGGAGAUCCUUCCUCCUACCGGAGAAGCUUCAUCUGAUGAUGGAGAGGAGGACAAGGAGGACCCCCUCUUUGUCGUACUCAAUGACACAACGAACCGCAUUGUUACGGAAAUACUUCAUCGCUCCGGAAAUUCCCCCUUGGACGUGACCAUAUUAUUCCCAAUAAUACUAGGAACUGUUCCACAAAGCUGGAUACAAUUCUUCUCCCUUAUUCCCACAUCCUCCUUUCGCUGGAAAGCGCUCGACCUCGAGGCUCCCGAUGAAUUGUGGGAACAUUUCGUCGGGGCUGCAUCUGUUCCUGCCAGCUAUCCAACACUACGUGAUAUGAGGGCGUUACUGGAGAGACAGUCUGCUAUCCUCACACGCAUUGUUCGUGUUUGCUCUAAUGUGGAAGGAUUGGAACUUUGGCAUCACAUUGUCGCUAGUGGCGUCGAUGUUACCGAAGAUGCUAAUGUCAUGCUAUCGCUGAAAAGAGCUCGAAAAUAAUCUUCCUCAUAUACUCGAUGGCAUUAACGCGCCGGCUCUUGAAUACUUAUCACUACGUAUAAACAUUCCUGGACCAGAAUUAUCGUUCAGCACCUUCGUCGUUGCAUUUCUCAUACGCUCCCAAUGUACC